GCUUCUUUUGACAGUGCCGAAAGGCCGCCCAUGAUUUGUUUUUAUUUUUCAAUUCGCCGGCCAAUCUUGUGAAGAGCAGACGUAUAUAAUUCUGUGUCCUAGAUCGUCAAUAAAUUGUCCGAAAAUGUAUCCUACGAAGAGUGCGUGCGAUUACAUGACUGAAAUAAACCGUUUAUUCCCUCGGCCGACCGAAAAUGUUCCAGAUCCUUACCGGUCUCCAAGUGCCCUGCCCAACAUGACAAUGAGUUCACCAUUCAGGCAAUCUACACCAGUGAACCGUUCAUCGAGCUCCGCAGACUCCCUAUCUCCGGACUCCUUUCCAGACCUGUCUCACCGCUCAGACAUGGACAGACAAUCCUUCGAAACCCCAUUUGUAGUCAGACGCCAACGUCCCAUCAUAGGCAGAAGGAUUUUUGACAAUACGGAGCAAGUUACACCUGCACCACCUACUUUAAAACCCGUUGAACAUGAUAUUGAGUUUCCAAACUCAAUAUGGCAGCCAGAUGAACACCACUUAUUCCCACCGACACCGCCAAGCAUCAAAAUUGAACAGAAAAACUAUACACCAAACUAUUUCUAUGAAUUAUUUCCGACAGAGAAGAAAGGGUUUGAGUUUAAGCCCCCAGUCAAACUAUCUCCGGUAUCAAACUACACUCCGUCACCAACAUAUUCACCGACCACUCCAACUACGAAAAUGCCACCACGGAUGCCAACUUCACCGUUCAGGGUGCCAAGUAGACCGAACUAUGGACCAAGUUCUUCUAGACAUCAGGAUACGAAGUCGGAUAAAAUGUGCACAUUCUGUAGGAAGAAUGGAGAAACUCCGCUGGUGUAUAUGACGCAUUGUGUGAGGGAGAAUGUUGGCAACCAGAGCAUUGUCACCUGCCCUAUAUUGCGGUCUCACGUCUGUUCCACAUGUGGAGCUUCUGGUGAUAAUGCACAUACUAUUACAUACUGCCCAGUACUUCGCAGCAGCAACAACGGCAGGCCUUUGCAGUCCACCACCAUCACUCUGAAAAACACCAGGAUCAAAAGCAAUGGUAGGAGGCGAUUUUAAUUAUAUUUUUCUUGACAAAAUUAUAUAAAAUAAUGAAGAUUUUUUAUUGUAUUUUGGGUAAUGUACACUUCAUUAGUGUUACGGUAUUCUUAAAUUUAAUUUUUUUACUGAUAUAUGUAUAUACUGCAUUUUUAAUGUUUGACUGAAACAUAUUGUACUUUUAAUAAUAUUGACUGAUUAAUAUAUCGAUCUAAAAUAGUAGAACAAUAGUUGCGGUAUUUAAUAUCUGCUCAACUAACAGGAAACUGACUAAAUUAUCGUAAGACUGACUCAAUUAACUAAAAAUCACUGUUUACCCAUGUAAAUAUUUGGAGAAAAAGCUCUACUACUUUAAGCGGUGACGUCGCGCAGCAGCGUCUGCGCACGCUGCUAAUGAUGAUGAGUCCUUCUGUGACUCGAAACUUUACUAGUUUCUAGUGACUCGAAACUUUACUAGUUUCUAGUCACAGAAGGACUUUUUCUCCAAAUACGUGAGUAAACUGUGAUUUUAUUUAAUUAAAUGGCCUAGACCAUUUGAAAAAAUAUUAUUAUUGUAUUCUAGUUGUUACUCCCUAUUUCAAGUUAACUGAGAGUAAAGAAAUUAAUACCAUUAGUUUGUAAAGUAUUCCUGCAUUCAAACAUGUUAUGUUCCAUUUAAAACGAAAUACCAAAGAGUAUGUUUUAUACUAUGGCCAUUCCAAAAACAGUAUUUAUUACAGACAUGGAUUCUUUUAGUAUAAAUAAAUAGCAAAUAUUUCGAUACAUUUCCAUGUAUUUGACUCUUUAUGAUAUUACUACAAAUAGUUUUAGAAUUAACCAAUGAUCUCAUAAGACCAUAUUAAUUAAGUAUUAGUUGACUAUAUUGUAAUUAUUUGUGCCAUUUUUAUGUAGAUACCUGACUAUUACACAGUUAAAAACUGUACUAUACACUACACAUAGUGGACUCUCACAUUUUAAUGUUAAAUCAUGAUUUUUAUAAGUAUCUUUAUUUUCUAAGCAAUAAAGGCCUAUUUCGUAAAAUCAUGAAUGUUUCGGACAACUCUUUUGACCUGCAAUUGUGAAAUGUGGAUGACUAUUUGAAAAUUGUUUAUUACAUUGACAUUUCAAUAUUUUCUAUAAUUUGUUAAUUACUUAUUUUUUAAUACUAAUCUAACUUUAAUAUGACAUGGAGUAUAAAACUAAUAGAGUGCAUGAAUGAACAGAAAUUAUGAAAAAAAUAUGUUCUUAUUAUAUCCAUUUUUCUUUCAAUAAUGUUUCUUCUACAAGUCCAUACUCCAAUAGUUUUUUACUUCAUGUAUUUUAAACGGUAAUACCUUUCUCUGAAACUACUAAAAAUCAUGCUACAUAAUAUUUUUAAUUUUCUAUUUGACAUUUUGACGAUUUUUUACAAAUAUAAAAAUAAAUCAUGAUUCUUUGACAGCUAUAUGCAAAUUUGUAUCAUAAUCGUAACAUUUUAGAUCUAUAAUUUUAUUAUAACUCGUGAGACAUACUAAAUUAAUUAUUAUGUUAUCGGCUUACUCACGUAACUGUUUGACGAGGAUCUCUACUAGUUUCAAGCCAUGCUAGAGGCUCAUAUUCAUGAGCAGCAUUCUUCGAUACGACGACGUUACUAAUAAGCUGAUAACAUAAUUAAUUUAAGAUCUAACUCAUAUAACUGACAGUAAAUUAUCAUGUUUGUAUUAUAAUUAUAGCUAUCAUGGAACAAUAGCUAUACCUAUAACUUAUUCGCGUAACUAUUUGACGAGGUAUCUCAACUGUUUUCAAGCCGUACAAGAGCCCAUAGUCACAAGCACUUUACUUUCUCAAACAAUUACGCGAGUAAGCUAUUAGAGAAACUUGUUAAAUAGACUAAUGCCGAGUGAUUUUGAGCUCUAUUGCCUUAAUUAUAAUAUAACAAAGAAUAUUUGCUUUCUUUGCACUUUUAUGCAUAUAAAAUAGAAGUCAAAUUUGCUUGGAUAUUAUUAAAAUUACAAGACUAGAGAUUUUAGACAUAAAGCAGUGGGAGAACCUGUCAAUCCCUGGUGCGUCUUUUAUGGGGUUUAGGACUAAUAGUUUCACAAAUAGGUCCCAAUGGUUUAUUAGUGUAAUGUGGUGAGCACACAGAAAGUUUACUCCCAAGGU